CGGCCAUAUUUUCUCAAGUUUCGAAAAAAUAACACCGUUUUCAUCUCUCUGUAUAUCGAAUUUAUGAAUACUGAGGUGUGAUUUCACAGUGCAGAGAUGUAGUUGAUAUAUCAGGGAAACUGUAGGUAGCCUAAUUUAUGAUCUCUGGCGAAAAUUUACUUCGGGACAGAGAAGAAUGUCUUGGACUCCAACUCAUGUUUCAGUAGCAGUGAAUCGUGCUAGAAACCUACUCCCAAAGGCGAAAGAUGGAAGGAAUGAUGCCUUUGUCACAAUUUCUUUGGGGAAAGAGAAGUUUCAAACAUCCACCAAAAUCAAAACUGAUUUGCCCGAAUGGAGGGAAGAGUGUGAGCUACGGAUUCCAGACAUGAAGUCCAGCGUGAUCCUGAAUGUUUACAACAGAAGUCUACUGGGGUUGGAUGAUUUCUUAGGUCAGGUGGCACUCCCACUCAGUGAUUUCCAGCUGUAUGACAGACCCAGGAGCAAGUGGUAUUCUCUAAAAGGUAAAGCAAAGCAUGCUGGUAAGAAGUCUGAGGAUAAAUACCGUGGUGAACUAGAAGUGAAGGUGAAAUAUAUAGUGAAGAGCAAACCACAGAGUAACUCCAGUCUGGAUAGUAGCUUGAAGAGAACAUCAUCUAUCAAAGCAUUGGCAUCAUCUGUGGGUGAAAAGUUGAAGCAUUCCCCAUUGUCAUCCAGUAAAGAUGAGGUGCCUCAAGGAAAGAAAGAUUCUCCCAGGGAGAAAAGGGAUCACUCGCCACAAUUUGGCAGAAAAAAUACUGGAGUGGAACAAGUGAGAGAUGCAUGUCCCAAGGAGCCUUUGAUACCCCUUGAUGCAACAGGACUUGCAAUUAUCGCCAAUAGAUGGAGUGAUUUCAAUGAUCAUCUCUUCAAGGAUGAGGAAGUACUCCUAGAUGGCACUAGCGAGCAGUACCCAUCAGAAAUAUGUGUUUUACUUAUGAACUCCAUGCUGAUGCAUCCAUUUACUAAACCAAAAGCUGUAGCAGUAGAAUGAGUGAUGAAUUGAGCAACGACAAUUCUGUGGACUCUGGAGAUAAUGAAUCCCCCUUGCCUUCACCAUCAUUCACCAGAAAAGGUUCUGGAUACUGGAAAAAGCGAAAUAUACCACAGCCAGUUGAGUCAGCUGUACCACCUAAACUUUUAGAAGUGCCACCCAUUAUGAAAGUAUCAUCCCCAAAAGAGAAGAAGAAAUGGUCAUUGUACAGACCACUCUCAGGUAAUGAUGUGUCUGGAGGUUCACUGACCAAUGUAACAGAGGGCCAGGAAUCUGUGUUCUCUCCAGGCUCACCCAAAGAGCCCACCAUCCUCAUACCCCCAGCCAACAGAGGGGAGGGGGAAACUGAUCAGACCAGUAAAGUUAUCUUGAGAAAGAAUAAAGAAAGACUAAGGAGAUUUAAAGAAGGGCGCCCAAGGAGACAUACAUUGACAGAUGGUGUUAUGUCUAAGUCUGCUGAGAUUAUCAUACCACGUGACUAUGAAGCGUUCCAGACCAAGCAAGCUGACAGUGAUCUACCAGAUGAAUACAUGGAUCAGUAUAAAGAUAUGACACAUGAGGAAUUGGUCGGUGUUAUCUUCACCCAGAAGCUUCAGCUGGACAAAAGAGAUACUACAAUCAAAGACCUGGAAGGCUACAUAGACAAACUUCUGGUACGCGUCAUGGAAACCGAUCCUCUGCUCCUCCAAUCGCACACACAAUCGCACAACUCUAAUAUCCCCCAGAAAUCAACAACGGGAGAUCACUACACGUCAAAUGGACACCCAACUUUGGCAAAAACAAAAUCGGAGCCUGUGACUAUGAUUUCAGACCCUGUUGUGCCAACUAACAAUCCUAUUCCAGAUUUCAUUGAUAGGAUACGAAGCAUUGAGAAACCUAAUUUUGAGCUUUUAAAAAAUCAUUUUGAUCCACCAAAAAUUAAUUUUGAUUCAAUUUCUAAAAUUCAGAACCCGUUCAAAAGAGGAAAAUGAGCUCAAUGUAUCUAAUUAAUACAUGUUCUUAGUUACAUACACGUAUGUAUAUACUAAUUACUAUUAUUGGUAUAUUGUAAAAUGUCAUGGUGAUAUAUGUGAGAAUAUUAAUUCUAUAAUUUUCCCUAUUUACAUGGGCAACAUGACAGGUUGUGCUAAUAGUAAAUGUGUAAUGUGUAACAAGGUAUUCUCUGAAUAAGUCUCAUGCAAUAACUGAGGAUUAAAUGACUUGUGAAUUUGUUAAUAUUACCAAACAUAAACUUAAAAUGUGGUCCAAAAGGUGACUUCCAGUUGCCAAACUUUUGGAUGGGAGUU